AUGAGUUAUAUACUAGUAUCUAUCGUAACUGCGUUACUGUUAAGUCCCAGCGAUUCAACUCCUGACAAUUGUUACGGGAUACAUUACAAAACUAUCAACGAUUCACGUCGCAGUACAGGCUACGACGUCUCGGAUAAUCAUCUCUCGAAUAAUACAAGAGAGCAUAUUUGCGACAGGGGCCUGCUACAGGACAACGCUUGGUAUCGAUUUUCAAGCGAAGCUGGCGGAGAAAUGCCAACGACAAAGCCUAAAUACGGAAGCUGUGGAACCUAUGUUCCUAUCUGGAUGAAUGGUUUUCAUCCCACCAUCGAGGAUGGGAUAGUGGCAAGAAAAGCUUGUGCCAAUGUGCCUCGCUUACGUCCAUUGGGUUGCGGUUACAGCUACAAUAUACAUGUUCGCAAUUGUAGUGGAUAUUAUGUUUACCAGUUAAAGACUCCAGCACAUUGCACUUUGGCGUAUUGUGUAG